AUGGACCAGAGCGAGAACCUGGAGCUGCUCGCGCGCGUCGAGCGGCAGCUGCGCGUGCACCCCACCAACGACGAUAACAACCGCAGCCCCUCCUUCUCCGACGCGCCGUCCAGCGAGACCGCGCGCGAGCUCUGGGGUCUCGUCCUCGACGUCGUCUUCGCGCCGCUUUGGCUGCGCAUCCGCGCCGCGGAGCUGCUGGGCGUGUGCUGCAACGCGCUGGAUGACGACGCCUGCGUCAGGAUCCACGCCGGCGAGUCGCACAAGCUGCGCGCGGUCGUGAGCUCCACGUGCCAGGCACUGGAGGAGCUCAGCGCCGCGGACGCAAAGCAGGCGGCGCAGCUGUUCGCGUGGCUGGGCUUCCUGGAGCGCGUGCUGCUGGCCACGCGCAGCGCCGUGUGCGCGGGCGUCUUCCGGCUCGGCAGCAUGUACGCGGGCAUGCUGACGAAGCUGCUGCGGCUGCUGUCCAGCUGCUCCACCAAGGUCUUCGCGGCCGCCACCGUGUGCCUCGGCCUCUUCCACGCGCACGAGCGCGCGUGCGGCCGCUCGGUGCUGGUGGGGGAGGUGCUGCACGACAUGAAGGACGGCCGGGAGCAUCUGAGCGGCGCGCUGCUGCACGUCAUCAACUCGUGCGGCUGUCCGUGUCCGCCCGAGAGACUGGUACAUCUCUGGAACGCUCUACAGUUGUUCGGGGACAUUCUGGCGGACGAAACGGCGUCGGCGUUGGUGUUCGUGAACGACUUUAAGGUGCUCAUCGACCUCGUGAUUCGAGAGAGCACGGACCUGCCGCAGGAGGACGAGACCAGGCUGCACUACAUGGAGCUGCUGCAGCGCGCGCUGGCCUCGCCGCUCUACCUGCAGUCGCAGAUGUACCGCAAACGGGAGCUGUUGGACGUCUUGGAGUCGCUACUGGACGCGGGGGCGGAGGAGGACUCGGUGAUGCCGAAAGACGUCAUGGACAAGAUUAAGCAAAUCCUCGUAAGGUAUAUUGACCUGCUGGAUUAA